UAAUUGGUUUAUACAUGAAUAUGCAUUUUUUUAUGUACAGCUUAAAAUUAAGCGAAUAUGAGUUUUUGAUUUUUUAAUUUUUCAUGUAGAAUUUUAUUUAAAUAUUUUGAUACCUUAAUCAUGUAACAGCGUUGAUUUGAGAACUUCCAAAACGGCAACAAAAAUUAAUUUAAAAUGUAAAAAUUCAUGCCCAUAAAAAUUACCAUGCACAGGAAGGGGGCGUGUCUUUUGAAUGAAAACAAACAGAUAGGGGUGGGGGAUGAUCGUCGGCUGUUUACAAAAAUACAAAUCCUCGCAAUUUUAACCUAAUUUUUAAGUUUAGAUCAAGUUUUAAACGAUUGAUUUCGAUCUAUUUUUGACUCUGGAUUGUCCAAAUCCGUGAAAACAAAGGAUGGCCGCAGUCGAAGGUGUUCUUUUGGACAUCACCGGCGUUUUGAAAGAAGGCAAUUCGCCCAUUGAAGGGUCCGUCGAGGCUGUGCAGAAGCUCAGAGAAAAGGGUCUGAAGAUUCGUUUUGUCACCAACGAGACGCAGGAAACCAAAAGGUCGCUGGUGUCCAAACUGACCAACAUGGGCUUCAGCCUGUCAGAGGACGAGGUCAUCUCUCCAUGUCCGGCAAUGGUCCACGAGCUGCAGAACAAAGGUCUUCGACCUCACCUUCUUGUUCAUCCGAGGGUUGUUGAAGACUUCAGCACCGUAUCCUUUGAGGACCCAAACUGUGUCGUAAUUGGUGACAGCGCCGAGCAUUUCACCUAUGACAAUUUGAACAAGGCCUUCAGGAUUCUGAUGAAUCUGUCCGAACCCAUUUUGUAUUCCUUAGGCAAAGGAAAAUACUUCAAGGAAGACGGAGAACUGGUUCUCGACGUAGGCUCAUACGCUGCCUGCUUGGAAUUUGCAACAGGCACUAAGGCGAGAAUUGUCGGCAAACCCGAACCUUCGUUUUUCCGAACGGCGCUUCAAAUGAUGCAAGUCGAUCCAGAAAAAGCCAUCAUGGUCGGAGACGACCUUAUUUCUGAUGUCGGUGGUGCUCAAAAUUGUGGAAUCAGAGGCGUUCUGGUGAGGACAGGAAAGUUCAGGCCUUCAGACGAGACUCAUCCUGAGGUAAAACCAUUUUUUAUUGCUGAUAAUCUGUCCAACGCUGUGAGUCGUAUACUCUCCAUGUGAAACAAAAUGUGAUAAUUUUCAUACGAUCCAAUCGGAACUUGAAUAAACCAAAGGUAUUUUUAAAAAUGAAGUAAAAA